UUUUUUGAUCCCCUAGCUAGUCUUACCCAUUAUAUAUACUCGCUCUUUCUCUCACUCAACCAUCACAAACCCAAGUCACUCCACAGCCAUGAAGAGCUCACCUCCUGCUCUACUACCCUUCCUCCUCUCACUAGCCCUUCUUUCUCUCUCCUCAACCCAAGGGCUCGAACCCAAGUGUAACACACAUGACCAAGGCUCAACCCUUGAAGUCCUCCAUGUGUACAGUCCAUGCUCCCCAUUCAGGCCAGCAACACCACUCUCAUGGGAGGAGAGUGUGCUCCAAAUGCAGUCCAAGGACCAGGCCAGGGUCCAGUACCUGGCCAGCCUCGUCGCCGGAAAGUCGAUCGUGCCAAUCGCUUCCGGGAGGCAGAUUAUACAGAGCCCUACUUAUGUAGUGAGGGCUAAGAUUGGGACACCAGCUCAAAUUAUGCUCAUGGCUGUGGAUACUAGCAAUGAUGCUGCUUGGGUGCCUUGCAGUGGGUGUGUGGGGUGCUCUUCUACCACUUUUGAUCCGGUUAAGUCUUCCACAUUCAAGACCCUUGGUUGUGAUGCUGUCCAGUGCAAGCAGAGCCCUACUUAUGUAGUGAGGGCUAAGAUUGGGACACCAGCUCAAAUUAUGCUCAUGGCUGUGGAUACUAGCAAUGAUGCUGCUUGGGUGCCUUGCAGGGGGUGUGUGGGGUGCUCUUCUACCACUUUUGAUCCGGUUAAGUCUUCCACAUUCAAGACCCUUGGUUGUGAUGCUGUCCAGUGCAAGCAGGUACCAAACCCCACUUGCGGAGGAAGCGCGUGCAGGUUCAACAUGACCUAUGGUGGCUCCACCAUAGCCGCAAACCUCUCACAAGACACCAUAACCCUAGCCACUGACGCCGUCCCCGGCUACACCUUCGGCUGCAUUCAAACAGCCACUGGAAGCUCGGUGCCGCCGCAGGGUCUUUUGGGUCUGGGCCGGGGUGCAUUGUCACUGUUAUCUCAAACCCAAAGUCUCUACCAAUCCACAUUUUCGUACUGCUUGCCUAGCUUCAAGUCUCUUAAUUUCUCAGGAUCACUUCGACUAGGCCCAGUUGGCCAGCCUAAGAGAAUCAAGUAUACACCAUUGCUGAGGAACCCCAGAAGGGCAUCAUUUUACUAUGUGAACUUGAUCGGAAUUAAAGUCGGACGGCGAAUCGUUGACAUCCCGGCAAGCGCCUUAUCAUUUGAUCCCAAUACCGGUGCCGGGACCAUUAUCGAUUCCGGAACUGUCUUCACCCGCCUAGUCCAAGCAGCCUACAUUCCGGUGAGAGAUGAGUUCCGGCGACGGAUGGGAAACGCUACCGUCUCCUCCCUCGGCGGGUUCGACACGUGCUACACGGUCCCGGUCACCGUGCCGUCAAUAAUGUUCAUGUUCUCCGGCAUGAACGUCACGCUCCCACAGGACAACUUUUUGAUACAUAGCACUGCAGGCAGCACCACAUGCUUGGCCAUGGCAGCAGCUCCAGUUAACGUCAACUCUGUGCUCAAUGUGAUAGCCAACCUGCAGCAACAGAACCAUAGGAUCCUUUUUGAUGUGCCCAAUUCGAGGCUGGGUGUGGCUCGUGAGCCCUGUACCUGAUUAGUUCUGUUGGGUAAGAUACGAAAUUGAGUUUGGUACCGUAUUGAAAUUUACAUCAAAAUAAGGAUAAGUUACGGCUCAAAACAAUUCAGGUUCAUCUUAAACGGUUAGAAUUAGUCUCAAACAAUUUUAUUUGGUCGUAAUCAAAUUUAUUUGAGUCAUAAAUUUACCCUUAUUUUAUUGUAAUUUCGGUACAAAACCAAAACGUGACUAUUUGGUGUUGUAGUCUUACUUGGUUUUGUUGUAGUGAGUUGAUAUGAUGAUGCAAUUGUGGGGGUUUGGUGUUUCAGUUGGAUUUUUGUGGUGUUUUUUUUUUGAUACGUAAAGUAUCUUUGCUUGUAAGGUAUCUUUUUUUUUUGGUAUUGCUUGUGGGAUGGCCUUGGUUUUAUGUAGGAUUUGUCACUAUUACUAAAAUUCGAUGAAGUCAUUUCUUUGUAGUUUUGUAAUGAGAGCAUGUGACGGGGUCAUCUUUUGAAUCUCUAUCUCUCUCUCAAAAGUUGAUUCCUUUAAUAGGUCGUACAAUUGUCACGGGUUGUUUGUUUACAUUUCUCUCUCCAAAAUCUUGUUGUUGGUGAAAGGACAGGCAAAAUUGUCAAGUACUUCCAAUGGCUUAACUCAAUUGUAUAGACUGUCUUCCUAUAUUUCAAGAAUUU